AUGAAAAAUGUGUUAUAUACUAAGAAGCUUACCAAGCCAAUGUUCUCAUCCCUCCUAGCUAAGAAGCUUACCAAGCCAAUGUUCUCAUCCCUCCUAGUGUUUCGCAAUAUAAAAGUGCAUUGGAAUCAACACUUCCGAGAGCUGUACAACAAAUACGGUCCGGUAGUGACGGUAUGGGUCGGACCCAAACCCGUUGUGUUUGUCGGCGAUCCCCAUGUCGUCAAAGAGGCUUUUUCUCGGCCAGAAUUCAUGGGACGGAUGGACACCAUUAUUGCAAAUAUAUUUAGCAACGCCGAUCACAGGGAUCUGGCGCUGAACUCGCACCUACCGAGUUGGGAAGGUUUGCGCAAUGUGACCCACAUGAUUGUCAGACAAUUCGCAAAAUCCACGGAUUUCACGGAUACAGUGAAUGCAUUGGUUUCGGACAUCACUUCACAAAUGAUGGUUAAAGAAGGCAUUAAUCAACCGUUUAAUCCGAAAAAGUUACGCCAGGAAUAUUGGACCUCGUUCAAAUACAUGGCCACCUUCUGGUCGCACGAUAUACAUAAUAAUUAUGUAAUUUAUGAAUAUAUACCCAUUUGUCGACCAUUUAUGUCCGACCCGUUGACAAAACUUCGCCGCUAUUAUAAACUAUGCUUUGAAUAUUCGUUAACCCAAUUGAAAGAACACGAAAACACUUACGAUAAGAGCGUUUGCCGAGACGUUUGUGAUAUGUUUAUCGGCGCCAGACGUAAGGGAGAGGCCGAGUGCCGGCCGGGGCUCCAGUGGCUGACUGACAAACAUAUCGCGGCCACAUUUAUGGACCUGUAUAGAAACUCCAAAAUAUAUUUAAAUUCCGUUCCGUAUAAGAAUGUGUUCGGCCAAGAGAAGUUGCCCCAAGAGAGGUUGCACUGUACUCGACCCAACUCCUUCUCCAUCAAGUUGAAAGACAGUCCUCUUUAG